AUGGUGCGCUUAAAGCAACGACACCAUGGGCUGGCGACAAGGCCCUACGGUGGUGACUGUUUCGACUGGAAUGUGUUCGUGUCGGAGCCGGAUAUACCUCGAUUAAGACACAGAACAGGAAGCUGGUGGUACGCACAGGAACGAUCGUCCGUGAAGCAUCCGCACGAGUAUAUCACUGUCGACGAGCUUAACUCCUACCGGAAGCGAAAGUUCUCACAAAAUCACGCUAAACAUCUGGGAAGUAACUUCUCGCUCUACAACAAAUCCGAGCCUUCGCUACCUUCGGCGGUCAACGCGCAAGUUACAGAGUACGCGGACAGAUUCCAGCGUCGAGCGGCCUACGAACGGGCAAUUCCCUUGAGGCGCAGCACUUCGCUGCACAUUGAACCAGGCACGAUGAAGGGGUUGUCGGAAAAUCAUUCCAAAUUUGUCAGCUAUUCGCAGGAUACGAUCUCAAAAUCGAAACCACCCGCCGUGAGACCGGAGGAAAGCUUCAAGCUGCCGGACAGUGGUUUGCGCGGUACCGGGCUUGCCAAUGCGUCUUCCGAGUAUAAAUCCUCCUUUCUGCCGUACGAUUUCUUGCCCGAAAGCAUGGACCACGGGUACCGCAAUCGGAAUAAACGCAAGGAAAAGGAGAUGCGCGAUGAUUUGAGCGCGUCCGAUUCGAAGCUGCACAACAAGCAGCAGCUAACGCGCAGUAAUCUAAGACUGACCGGCGAGGCGACGUUCGAGCCGGAGUACAAAAGCCAGUUUGGACUUCCGCUGGCGGGGGACAAAUCGCGGUCGACGCCGCAGCUGAACAAUAUCGCGUUCACCGGGAACUUUCGUGAGGCACCGUCCGAGUACAAGGAGUGUUACAAAUACUACGACCAUUUCACCAAGAGUGCACCGAUACGUAAGUUCGACAACCUGAGCCUGCACGGCACGAUCGAGUUCCGGCCGGAGUACAAGGAAAGCUACCGAGAGUUACCGACCGGUGGGGCCAGCGAUCAGUGGCGUUCGCAGUGCGUAGUGCGCAAGGACAAUCUGUCGCUCAAGGGCGAUUUUCUUGGCCGUGAGCCGGAAUAUAGUUACAGCUUCCGGAAUCCUCACAUCACCAGCAAACCGGAGAAGGCCAAACCGAAGGACAACUUUCUCGCCAUGCAGGGCGACAUGGACUAUACGCCGAUGUAUCGCUGCUCUUACGUCGAUUAUCCACGCACGAGACCAUUGGUAAAGAAACCCGUGUGCAGCAUCAACCUGGAGGAUGUGUACGAGAAACCGCCCCAGAGACGCCUGAACCGGCGCACACCAUCGCCCAUCAAAUAUAACGUUCAUGCCGCACCCACCGACAGUUCGAAACCGGACGUGAUAGACAAGUUCAUCUCGCAGCCCGAAUAUCGGAAAGCGCAACGGGAGCUAAUGAUCAAGAAACGUUCGCCUCCGAAAGAACGUGGCAGUCUGCUCGCACAGAAGAUCCUCGAGGACAGUAAGCUUACGACUGACCCGACACAACCUGUUCAACCCGUGCCGGUCGUGCGGGUGGAAGGUGUAGGUGGUGGAAAUAGCUCCACUACUGCCACGAACGAUGGCAAGACGGGUGCGGUUGCCGGUGGCGUUAACCCAAAGGAUACCAAACAUGGUCAAGGAGCAGCCGCUCCGCUUCACUUGCCCGUACGGAUAGCGAAGCAUGGCCGACGCGCCAAAUCGCCCAUCAUUGCCAUUCAGCGCGAAAAUGAACCGAUCAUUUUCUACAAGGAUCUACACCGAAAGGGUGACCACAGUGUGCGCAAUCGCACGAAGAUAAUAGAGGCAAAUCCUUCCUACCGGAAAGCAACGUAUCAAACGCCACACUAUACACAGAAGAAGCCAGGCGAGAAGGUGAAACAGGGGACACAAUCGUUCGUCGUGCUGAAUGCACCGGCGAAGCAGCGAACUACCCGCUGGGCUGAGCCGGCCACUAUUUACGAUUCACAUUUCUACUGA